AUGAACGAUUGCGAUGAACUUGAUCUCGAAGAUUUAUUCAGUGGACGUAUCGAUAAACGAGAAUUGGAGUUUUACGCCAAAGAAUAUGAGAAUCAAGUAAUGGGAGAACGGCAAUCUGAUGCUGUUUUAUUCAGAUACUGCAUAGCAUUAACAAAAUCUAAUAAAGAGAACAUUAGGAAAGGAAUCGAACUUCUAGAAAAAUUUUUAAAUAUUUCAACAGAAUACUCGAAAGAACGAAUUAUAAUUCAACUGGUUAUCGCACAUACGCGUUUAAAGGAAUAUGAUCGAGCAUUAGCUUACUUAAAUGUCGUUAAACAAGCACAGAGUAAUGCUGCAUGUGCUACUGAAAUGGAAAAUAUAAUCAAAAAUAGAAUGCGUAAUGCUGAUUCAGUUGGCUGCAAGGGUAAAGCGCUUCCAAAUCGAUCUGAUACUAUGUGA